GUUUUGCUUUCUAUUUGCAGUGUUGGCGUCAAGUAAUUUGAUGAACAAGCAUGAGCCAAUGUUCAUUUCACGUUCGGAGACAUUCAAAUUUGUUGCUGGCGACACAAUAAGAUUGCCAUGCGAAGUUGCCAAUACAGAUCCUUAUGUGGUUGCAUGGAAGCGCGGCAUCGCCAUUCUCACCGCCGGCAAUGUGAAAGUAACACCGGACCCACGUGUGUCGCGCGCCGAGCGCUUCAACCUACAGAUACGCGACGCAGUGCCACAGGAUGCCGGCGACUACAUCUGCCAGAUCGCCACAAUGGAGCCGCGCGAAAUUACGCACACAGUCGAGAUCUUGGUGCCACCAAGGAUCCAUCACAUUAGCACCGGCGGACAUUUGCAAGUCAAAAAGGGCUCGUCGGUGCGUAUUGAGUGCUCGGCCUCCGGUAAUCCGACGCCGAACGUAACUUGGAGUCGUAAGAAUAAUAUUUUGCCCAACGGCGAGGAGAAGCUGCACUCGCACAUCCUGUCGAUCGAGAACGUGGACCGACACAAGGGCGGCGUCUACAUUUGUACAGCCAACAACGGCGUCGGUCAACCGGCAUCCAGUCAAGUCGUCCUGCAUGUCCUAUAUCCACCUGAAAUAUCCGUUGAACGUCCUAUAGUCUUCUCCGGUGAAGGACACGAGGCAAUGCUGGUCUGCAUAGUCCAUGGGGAAACACAACCUGAGGUGCUUUGGUUCAAGGACACCAUGCAACUGGACACCACCGAACGUCACAUCAUGGAGAAUCGCGGCUCACGUCACACGCUGAUUAUACGGAAAGUACAUCCUCAGGACUUUGGUAAUUAUUCUUGUGUGGCCGAGAAUCAGCUGGGUAAAGCACGGAAAACUUUGCAACUGAGCGGGAAACCAAACAUUGCCGUCUUCAAUUCGCCGCCAGUCAGUCAGUAUAAGGACAGAUACAACAUUUCUUGGACCGUGGACUCGCACACACCCAUCGAAGAGUACAAGCUGUCCUUCCGAAGGUUGCCACAAGGACACGAGGUCGAUAACUCCAUCGAUACGCACACUGGCUCGUCAUCCUCCUCGACGCUGCUGCAGAUGUAUGGCGGUGGCGUCGGUGGUGGCAGCAUGGGCGGCGGCUUGCUUGGCAGCCAGCACAACCAUCGUCUCGGCAGCGGUUUGGGCGCCGGUCUCAGCAGCUACGGCAAUGUGAUGCACUGGGGUCGUAACGAUUGGCGCGAUGUGGUGCUCGCUGCGAUGCCAUUGUCACAUCAUUACACCCAAGGGAUGAGUUAUAUGAUACGCGGACUGGAUCCGGACCAGCACUACGAGGCCACCGUGCAAGCAAGGAAUCGUUAUGGUUGGAGUGACUUGACGCACAGCUUCCUCUUCUCGACAUCUUCGAAUGAUGGACUUAUUGAUCUAUCAUCUUUUCUAAAUCACGGUUCGUCAGACAAUGAGAUGCGGGACCUGAGUGUCACCUUCUAUGGCAGCGGUGCCACACACAAACUGCGCUUGAGCCUCACCACGCUCUCAGUUGUGACACUCAUACUGGUGAAACUCAACAAAAGCUUUUGGGCCUAAACACAGCAUAAAAGGCCGGAGAGAUGAGGAAUGUGAGUUGGAAUUUUACAAAAUGCCUAAUUAUUAGGGCUAAAGUUGAUAUUAUGCAAUCAGAUUACUUUUAUAACUGUAAAACUAAAGCAUAAAUAGAGAGUAAAGAGAGAUGGAAAGGAAGAAAACGUUGGGCACUGUUGCAAAAACAGAGAAAGCAAGAGAAUUAAUUGUAGAAAGUUAAAAUGUGAGCGGUGGUAUAUAGGGUAUGUGUUUAAAGUUAAGCUAAAAAUAUUAUAAAUGUAAACAUACUUUUUUAUUUAACCGAAAUUUAUGAUAAGCUUAGAUUUGUGAUGAACUGAUUUCCAUUUAUAAAGUAUUAGCUUAUGGUUGGCAAAGACCUGAUCUUAUUUUUUAUUUUAGUUGAUUGGAAAACUUUACAAAAAUAUUUAAUUGAAGCUGUGGAAGUUUUGUAAUAAAUUAAGAAUUUUUUUUUUCGAAAACUUUGCUUGCUCUUCGAAAGAAACUUUAAUGUAAAAAAUAAAAGUUAAAUUAAUGCAAAAGCGCUGAUUGAAGGAUCGUUUAAGGGAUCGAUGCGAAAAAGACAGAACCUCAAUUGUAAAUAGUAAAGUAAUUUUUACUCAUAAUCUUAGGUUAAUUAUAAUAAAAAAUUAUUGAUAAAAAAAUAUACAUUAGAAAAUAAAAAAAUUAAAAUAAAAAAAAUAUUGUCACCGUCAGACUGACAGCCAAUGUCAAGCUGACAGUUAAGCAGUGAAAAGUGCAGAGAGCAAAAACCAGCGCGUGUAUAUGAAAGAUCAUAGGCUGAUGUGCGAGGCAGCUUUCCCAAACACAAGCGCUAGAAGCGAGUAUCACUCAUACACAGCCAAGGAAAAAGUUAUUUCAAUAUUCAACUCUAGUACGUAAUGAAAUAGUGAAUAAUAAAAUGCAUAUUGGUGAGUAAACGCAGAACUUAGUAAAAAUUUAAACUAAUUUAUUGUUAGCGAAAAUUAUGCAAAAUGUAAUAAUAUUAAAAAACAGUAAAUAAAAUAUUAAUGCAUGUAUGAGCUAAUGCGCUCUUAUACGUAUGUAUAUAUAGACACGUAUAUGUGUAAUAUAGGUAUAUACACACACACAAAUAUACUCAAUUGAAUUCAACAAUCGCACAUUGAAGUAUUAAAAUUUAGCAAAAAUUAAGUUUGGCAACUCUGUGUCGUCGUUUUUGUGUAAUUUAGUGCAAAUGUUGCCACACAACUACAAAUUAAAUAAUAUUUAGUAGCAACUUAAUGCGUUGCAAGCGCUGCUAAUAUUAGCUAUGAUGAGCUGAUAUUAUUGUAUAAUGAAAAUAAAAUAACAAUUGCUUGCGGCCAUGCAUACAUACAUACAUACAAAUAUAGAGAAUUUUUAAGCUUUUUGCUAUUUUAUUAAUAAGCAGCUAAGUGACAUGAAUGCGCAAUUAAUUUUAAAGUGUAAUAUUAGGAACUUAAAAGUGUGACAUUUUUGUAAUAAUUUUCUUUUGUAUGUAUGUAUUUUUUGUAAAAAUAUGAAGGGCGAAAUUGUUAAUAUUUUAGUUAAGGUCGAAGCAAAUAAUGGUGCGUGAAAAUUACAAAAAAAUAUAUAUUAUUUACAUUCUUAUUAUUUUUUAAUUUAAUUUUUUUUUCUCUUUAUUCAUAUAUGUGCAAAUAUUUGAUGGCCAUACGUAAAAUUAAAAAAAAAACAGAUAUUUUUCUAAUAAUUAUGGUAAUUUUAAAUAAUAUGUAUAUUAACAAGUUAGGUAUUUUUUAUGAUUUUUUAAUUUAUUUACCAUAUAUGUAUAUAAAGUUUGUUAUUUGUUUACUGUUUUUGUUUUUCUUUUACUAGAUCAUAUCAGGUUUUUCGAUGUCUAAUCGCUGGGAUAUACGUACAUUCAAACUUUUCAGUUUUUUUACUCAAAUUAUUUUAUAAUUCAAACUUAUUUUUAUUUUCAAGUAUUACUAUUUUCACUAUCAAAAUCAUUUUGCUUGCCAAAGAUUAUAUCCUCUUAGUGUAAAUACUUAAAAAUUAUUAAUAUAAAAUAUACAAAACUUUUGAGUACUUUGAUGAGAUCCUUAGUCAAAUAAUAUGAAGCUUUCAAAAUAUGUCUUUGAUUAAACAACCAAAUGGAAGUCUUUGAAUUAAAAAAAAAAUAUUUUAAACCUUAGUAUAAUUCAACCUUUUUUUUUAAUUACAUAGUUUAAUGCAUUUUAAUUGUCGGGGAUUAAUUUUGAAAACUUUUGGAUUUUCUUGAUUAUGUAGCCAGCAUCCUGGGGAACCUCCUCAACAAGGUGUCUGGCGGUGAGGUCUUCUUAAAACUAUCUCUAACUAUUAUACUUAUCUUGAAAAAAUCAAAAUUUCUGUCAAAAAUCGAAUUUUUUCUAUGUCGACCUGUCAAAUAUACUUAAAAAACAGUAAUUUUAAGAUUUCGAGUGCAUCCGCAUGACACGUUUCGAAGAAAUUUUCUUUACUGACACCAAAAUCAGCGUUUCGCGAAAAAAUUAUUUAAGAUUUUAAAUGCCACUUACAGAAAAAUAAAACUUUCUACAAAUAGGCUAAAAUCGCCGAAAUUAUUUGCCAGCUCAACUUCCAAAUUUCGUGGCAUAUAUUAUAUAUAUAUGAACACUCAGUAAAUAAGCAAAUAAAAAAAUAGAUUUUUUGAAACUCAGAUGUGGGUAUAUAACCGCUGAAGUGAUUUUUCCGGCGGUUCGAUGAAGUUUCGGACUGACGGAAUGUAGGGUCGCAUAGAAAAUGAUAGCAUUUGAAAUUUUCCUAAUUAUUUUAUUUUUUAAUGUCACUAAUUAUUUCAAUUAUUAUUUUCUUUACUUCACUAAUGAUUUCACAGAAAUAUUUUUGCGAAAAUUUACCACUUUAAAUUAAGCUAAAGCAUACGCAAAAAAUAUACAAAAUCUGAAAUGUGAACAGUUUGAACCACCAAAAUAUUUGAAUUAUAUAAAAUACGUACCGAUAUAUACAUAAUUAAAAUAAAUUAAGAGAAAAAAUAAGUUAAAUAAAUAAAAGGUAAAGAGUAACAACAAAUAUCUUGAUAAAAAUAUUGCUUAAGCAAGAAAAGUAAAAUAGCAAAAAGCGCAGACAAAUGAAAGACGAGCAAAUGGAGCGACUUAAUAUGUACAGGGUGUUAGCGACGCGAACUUGCUUGAAAUGCCGAUUAUACAUAAAUAUAUAUAAAACCAGUAAAGAAAGAAAAUAAAUUAACUAACAACAAAAAUAAAAACUCAAAAAUCGCUAAUAUACCGUUAAAAGUAAGCAACUGCUCUCCAAAUGUUAAGCAAUUAUCAAUCUUCACACACAUUUUUCAAUACUGCACUGAAAAUAUUUUCUAUUUUUUACAAAAACCAAAAACCGCUAAAGAGAUGUUAGAGCAUCAAAAUACAAAUACAAAUGCAAAUACAUACAUACAUGCGAGUAUAUAGGUAGUUUAGUGGACACCCUGUUGUAUGUACUUGUAAGUGAAAUGCCAAGCAGUACUUUAAAUUAAUAUCAAAUAAUUAUAAUCGAUAUAAAAACAAAAAAAAAAUAAUUAUUAAAACUAAAUAUUAAAGAUAAUAUUAAAUAUAUAAAAUAAGAAAUUAUAUGAAAAGCUAAAAGAAAAAAUUCCAAAAACAAUUUCAAACAGAAAAAUGCAAAAAAACAGUAAAUUUGCGAUAACUUAAAUAUUUUGGGCAAAAAGAAAUGAAUGAAAAUCUAUGAUAACGGUAUUUUACGGGAGCUUAAUCAUAUUCCCGCAUAGGAAAUUACACACCUACACACACACAUACACAUACAAACGUACAGUAACAGGCAGGCAACUGAGAAGAAAUAAAUAUGAAAAUAUACGUACAUACAUAUUUAGUCAUAAAUUAUAUGCAGAUAUCUAAACAUUGAUUGUUGUAUAACAAUUUAGAUGCAUACAUAUGUACAUAUGUAUGUAUGUGUGAGUAAACAUAGAUUAACUGAUAACAAACACAUACUAACAAGCGCGGCUAAA